GGUGACUGAGACGGACACGUUUCAACAGAGAUCCAAGAUGCUUUUCAACACAGACGGAAAGACCAUUCAAUCUCAUCUCAGAACACUCAGCGUUCUUCAUCUUGUCCUAGCACACUUCUGUAGAGGUCAGCCUCAGCUGAUUGGCUCAUCUAAGCCAAUAGUAGCAACCCUUGGUGAUGAUAUCAUUCUGCCAUGUCAUCUGGAGCCUGCGGCGGAUGCGUCUGGUCUGAUGGUGGAGUGGGCCAGACCCGACCUGAACCCCAGAUUUGUCCAUGUGUGGCGUUCUGGAGUAGAACUCGCGAGUAAAAAACACAAAUCCUUCGUGGGAAGAACAUCACUGUUCAUCGAUGAGCUGAAGUCUGGAAACAUUUCACUGAAACUCUCCAAAGUGACACUCGCUGAUCGGGGAACAUACAAAUGUUUUCUUCCAGGACUGAACAGGCAAACUUUGGUUCAACUAGUUGUUGCAUCGGGUGCUGUCUCUUCAGCGGUCAUAACUUUAGCAGGGAUGGACAGAGACAAAGGGGGAGUGGUGUUAGACUGUGAGUCCAGAGGCUGGUAUCCAGAGCCGGAGGUGUUGUGGCUGGACGCUGAGGGAAACCUCCUCUCUGCUGGACCUACAGAGACAGUCAGAGGUCCUGAUGACCUCUAUACUGUCAGCAGCAGAGUGACUGUGGAGAAGAGACACAGCAACAGCUUCACCUGUAGAGUCCAACAGAAGAACACCAACCAGACCAGAGAGACGCACAUCACUGUUCCAGAUGAUUUCUUUAAACUCCAGUCCUGUUCAUCUCCCAUCAUUACUGGUCUGGCUGUUAGCUUUCUGUUACUUCUGUUACUUCUCAUUGUUGUGUGGAGAUGGAGACAAAACAUCAAGAACAUGAAAAGCCACUCAGAUGAAACUAUUAAAGGAGAAAAGAGUAACGGCUCUAAAACAACCAGAGCUGAAGAUCAGUUUGUCACCGAAGAGGAAACGAAGCCUUUGAAGGAUGAAGGGGAAGAGAAAACCAAAGAUGUAAAUAAAGAGACGGGAAAUAUUCAGUAGUAAAAAACUAAUAAUAUAAUUUGAUGUCAGCAAGAAGGAUAGAAAAUAUUGACAUCAAGCUACAGGACCUGGAAAAAAUACACAAAACUUUUUUUUGUUUUAAAAAAAGUCUGUAUUGUGUUCUUUGUUGUCAAACGGUCUUGGAAUUUCAGUUUGAUUUACUGAAACAUUAAUAAUUAUCAAACUGAAACUCAAAAUGAACCUCAGAUUAAUUAUUUCAUAAAUGUU